AUGUCAGAAAAGGAAGAUCUAGAAGAAUAUAACGAGUUGAUUGGCGAAGCCAAAGACAAGAUUUUGGAAAGAGUAAGUGUAUCUUGUCUUAUUUUACUUUAAACUUUAGUUACACCGAGUCCAAACCAAGCAUGAAAAAGUAAACGAAGCUCUACGUGGAGUUAAAGGCUUUAAUGACCGUGUGUUAAGUAAUGGAGCCAAUAAAAUGAGUCAAGGAUCCAAGUCCAAACUGAUAGUGUUGUAUAACACAGCUUUGAAGCAAAGCGAAGGAGAAGCGGAUGCUAUAAGAAAGGUUUUGGACGAGAUUCAGAAGUUAAGACGGAUAGAAUUUGACAUGAUAUUGGAUGGAAAAAUGUCUCGAGGACAGAUGAUAUCGUUGUUGAAUGAUCAGAGCAAGACAUUGCCAUUGUACAUUGGUGGGGUUACUGGACAUCCACCACCUGGAGUUGGAGCUAUUCCAUGGGGAGAUAGAGAUGAAAUUGCAGUGGGAAGUAUUGUCGCGGCCUUUGUCGAUGAUGUUUGGAUAUUGGCCAAAGUUAUGGUAUGUUUUUCAUUAUUCGAAAGCAGUUUUGAUAGUUUAAUAUGUGUUAUCGAGGGUUUUUAAUUACGCAUAGUUUAAUAUAACUUAAUAUUUCCUUAAUUACGCUAAUUGUAGUCUCUUAACGGCAGUGGAAGAUAUGACAUUCGUGACAUUGAUGAUGAAGGGAGUAGACGGAUAGCGAUGAGACGACAACGAUUGAUACCUCUACCAAUCUACCGAGCAGAUCCGAACAGAGAUGCACACGCCCUUUUUCCCAUAAAUGCCAUUGUAUUGGCUUUGUACCCACAAACAACAUGUUUCUAUAAAGGAGUCGUGGAAAAGGUGCCGGCUUCAGAAUCUGACGACUAUUUAGUAGUUUUUGAAGACAAUUCUUUCGAUUCCGGGUAUUCUCCACCAUUCGAAGUUGCUCAAAGAUAUGUUAUCACUUAUAAGUACAUCAAACCUCGUGGGAAACCAGAGGAAUAA